AUGUUGGCAAAAUGGGCUCUGAAGCGCGUUCAGCGCAGUCUGAAUGGGAUUCGUACUACUAGGGCAGUCGGCCUCUCGUAUAAGUCCCUGGGUUCUCGGCCACUUCACUUCAUCCGCGCUACACCAGGGAAAAGGCCACAGCAUGUCGCACCAUUGCAGAGGCGUGGCCUGUUUACAUCUGCCAUUCCAACUGUCCUGAUACCGCCCGUAAUUUUCAUUACUCUGCUGCUGGGUCUGUGGACAUGGAAAUGCUUCUGGAUUAUUGUCAUGCAAGACAAGCUCUUGUACAUCUCAUGGCUCCCACCGUUCGCCCGCUCCGAGCAGAUAUCCGACUACGCGGGCGAAUGUAAGCCCGUCCGCUGGGAGGAGAAGCAAAUUCGAAGUUUGGACGGGACCAAGCUGGCUGUCUGUGAAGGGCAUAUCCCAGAUACUCACCGCAGCUCCCGGAAGCCGCAUGCGCCGGCACGGAAGAAGUUGGUGGUGAUCUGCUACUUCCAAGGAAACGGCGGCUCGACUCCCAUGCGUCUGCCGCUCUUGUCGCAGUUCCUGCGGGCUAUCAACCCGCCAACACCGUCGUCUUCAACUGGGGAGGUGGACUACCUCGUCGUCGCCUUGUCGUAUCGCGGGUACUGGAAGUCCUCCGGUCGUGCAACCCAGACGGGGAUCGAGCUCGACGCGGUGGCAUUUCUGAACUGGGUGGCGGAGACUUACAGUGCACCUGACAGGGAUGUCCGGAUUGUGCUCUGGGGUCACAGUUUGGGCACAGCGAUUGCGAGCUCUGCGGCUGCGACAUACCUGGCUCGUCAUUCAACAGACGGUCCUGUAGUCCCCAUCGCUGGAAUGAUACUCGAAGCACCAAUGUCAAGCACCAAGGACAUGCUGAUCAGUCUGUAUCCGCAAAAGUGGCUGCCGUAUCGGUACCUGUGGCCCUUUCUCUGGAACAAUUGGAGCAGUGCGGUGGCCAUGGAGCGGAUGGCGCGGUGGCGGGAUCAAAAUCAUGGUCAGAGAGGGCAUGAGCACGAGGUUCCGCCUAUUCUGCUACUUUCCGCCGAGAAGGACGAAGUCAUCCCGGCGUAUGCGGCUGCAGAGCUGGAACAAGAGGGCAAACGACUUGGACUAAAGAUGGACAGGUUGGACGUUUCUGGGGCAAUGCACAUGGAGAUACCGGUCAAACCGGCGGGCAGGCAGGCAAUGAUGGACUUUAUAAAGAAAUGCACCGCUUCGUAG